UAUAUAUUUUUUCCAAGACAAUAUAUAUACUUAUCAGGAAAAGACAGGAAGAUCAUGAUAAACCCUCGGGGUGUAAAGAUUGUAGCGAAUACUGUUGGAUUCUUUAUCGCCAACGAUGCUGAGGAAGUAAGACGAGCAAAUGCAUUCUGCAAGGCCUGUCAUGAGGGAACAGAGGAUGAGAUGCAAAUAAGAAAAUGCAAAUGCAAAGGAUUCGUUACAGGACUAAUAGCGAACACAGUGGUGAAAAGUCAAAUGUUAGCGCAGGGUAUAGCUGGUAAACCUGUACAGAAUGGAGGAACAAGAACACCAAACAAGGCUAAAUCACCGACACCGGUCAAACCGGUUCCUGCCGACCUACCUCCACCCACCUGUCAUCCAUACUGUCCUCUGCCUGGGCAGACUAAAAUCGAGAAGAAGACUGGUCGAAUUGUAAAUGAUCUUGUGGAUAUUGAUUUCGAGCAAACUGUUAUGAAGUAUGACAGUACAGGGAUGUUCCAUUGGACCCCUGCAAGAGCAAUCGAAGAUUGUAUUAUCGAUAAGAAAGAAGCAGCCAUGACAGUGUUAAACGGACAUGUUGUGGUUUGUCUGUUCGCAAAUGUGGAUUCACCUUUGAUCGGUUUAAGGAAUCUGGUGAUGCCUUUAAGAGCUUCCAAUUUCCAUUUCAAUGAACUAAAGCACGUUGUGAUAGUGGGAGAGGUUGACUAUAUCAAACGAGAAUGGAAAACUCUGCAGAACCUUCCCAAAAUAUCUAUUUUAUCAGGUUGUCCGAAAAACCGGGAAGAUUUGAGAGCUGUAAAUGUAAAUCUUUGUGAUAUGUGCGUUAUACUCUCAGCAAAGGUCCCCUCCUCCAACGAUGACUCCGCCCUGGCGGACAAGGAGGCGAUCCUCGCCACUCUGAACAUCAAGGCGAUGACAUUUGACGAUACUUUCGGGGCAUUGUUGAAAAAUCCAUCAAUCUGUGAUAGUAGGAGCCCCCUAGGAACCCCAAUUGUACUGCAGCGACGCGGAACUGUAUUUGGAGCUAGUAUGCCGAUGAUUACAGAGCUCGUUAACGAUAGUAAUGUCCAGUUUCUUGAUCCUGAUGAUGAUGAUGACGACCCUGAUACUGAAUUGUACUUGACUCAACCCUUUGCUUGUGGAACUGUGUUUGCUGUUAGCGUCCUCGAUUCUCUAAUGUCUACAACGUACUUCAACCCAAACGCGUUAACCCUAAUCAGAUCUUUGAUUACUGGAGGAGCUACCCACACACUAGAACAGAUACUAGCAGAAGGAGCUGGGCUUAGAGGAGGAUAUUCUACUCCUAAAACUCUGAAUAACCGAGACCGAUGUCGGAUUGGCCAGGUCCCAAUAUUUGACGGACCUCUGGCCAAACUUGGUGACGGAGGGACAUAUUCUGACCUUUUUGUUGCUUGUCUUAGAAACUUUGGGGUUCUAUGUAUCGGUCUUUACAGAUUUCGCGACACCUCUCUUUCCUUCAAUGCUAGUGCUAAACGUUAUGUCAUCACAAAUCCGCCAGAUAAUUUUAAACUUCUACCCACUGACCAGGUGUUUGUUCUGAAACCGUUUGAACGAAGCAAAUGCCCUCUAACCUUUGUAGAAACAAAUAUAUAAAAGUUUUUGUUCUCAUGCAAUUCGGCAGAAAGAAAGACUGGCCGUGUGGUAAAUAU